GGAAAGCUACAGAUGUGGGUGGACUUGUUUCCAAAAUCAUUGGGUCAGCCUGGUCCUCCUUUCAACAUCACACCACGCAAAGCCAAGAGGUUCUUCUUGCGCUGCAUCAUCUGGAACACCAAGGACGUCAUCCUCGAUGACCUCAGCAUCACUGGGGAGAAGAUGAGUGACAUCUAUGUCAAAGGCUGGUUGGUUGGCCAUGAGGAGUACAAGCAGAAGACAGAUGUGCACUACAGGUCUAUGGGAGGAGAGGGCAACUUCAACUGGAGAUUCAUCUUCCCCUUUGACUAUCUCCCUGCUGAGCAAAUGUGUUAUGUUGCAAAAAAGGUGAGUGUCCUUGGCUGGAUGUUUCUACCUUCUCGUAGUAACUCUGGGGUGGAAUGA